CAUUUUGAGUUUCAUCUCACAUACGAAGGGACAAACAACUAUGGGACUUUUGACUUUUGUGGCCGCAGCGGCGGGAGCAACGGGGGCGGUGGUCGCCGCACCGUUUGUGCUGACUGCAGUAGGCUUCACUGCAGGCGGGAUAGCUGCGGGAUCCAUAGCCUCCGGCAUGAUGUCCGCCGCAGCAGUGGCUAACGGAGGAGCUGUGGCAGCCGGUAGUUUGGUGGCUUUGGGGCAGGCAGCAGGUGCAGCCGGUCUGUCUGCAGGAGCCACAGCAGCAGUUGCGACGACGGGGGGGGGGGGGGGGCGGCAGUGA